AAAGGAAUGUGUGGACAAGUUAAAAGCAGCAAAGGUUGGAGAGGGAGGAGACUGCAAUACAACACGUGGAAAGUCCGGGUAGGACCGACAAAAUGCAGAGUGUGAGAGAAGUGGAACAGGUAGAGUUGGUUGUUUGCCACAAGUGGCACUUUGUUAGUGCGGCAACAAAACAGACGAGCGAGGAGGAGGAGGAAAUUGCCGAAAAAAACACUUGGCAGUUGAAUUCAAUGCGGCACAGCAAGCAAUAAGACGAGAAACUUAGUGGCACAAAGACGUGCAUGGAGCGGUGACAUCAGUGGGGAAAAAACAAAAGCAAAGACGAGGGUGUCCAAAGAGGUCACCGCAGUCUGCAUGCGAGUCAGACAAACACUGCAACGACGCCAUGUUGAUGAAAGAGUACCGCAUUUGCAUGCCACUCACUGUAGAUGAGUACAGGAUAGGGCAGCUGUACAUGAUCAGCAAGCACAGCUGUGAGCAGAGUGGUAGUGGAGAAGGGGUUGAGGUGGUGAGGAACGAGCCCGAAAACCACCCCGAGCAUGGCCCAGGACAGGUGACAGAGAAACAAAUCUACCUCAGCAGUAAGCUGCCAGCCUGGGCGAAGGUGUUUGCCCCGCGGUUCUUUUAUGUGACGGAGAAGGCCUGGAAUUUUUACCCGUACACCAUCACAGAAUACUCAGUAAGUCUUCUUCCGCAUCAUUUGAAGUACACGACUUCACCCAGGCGCCAACUAAUGUGUACAAACAUCCUCGUUCACUCUUUGCCCCGAAUUUGUACUUUUGUCUCCGUUCAGGUAUCAUUUCUCCCCAAGUUCAGCAUCCGUAUUGAGACGCGGUUUGAGAACAACAACGGCUGUAAUGACAAUGUAUUCAUGGACGGGCCGACACCCGCAGAGGAUGUGACUUUCCUGGAUAUCCUGAGUGACCCCAUACCUGAAAAACACUACAAAGACUCAGAGGACCUGUCUCGCUGGCAGUCGAGUAAGACUCAGCGAGGGCCCCUGGAGGAAGGCUGGAGAGAGGACCACCAGCCCAUCAUGUGCUCCUACAAGCGGGUGCAGUGCAGCUUUGAGGUGUACGGCUUUCAGACCAAGACUGAGGAUUUCAUACACAGAAACAUCCGGGAUAUUCUCCUGAUUGGUCACAGGCAAGCAGUUGCUUGGGUGGACGAAUGGCACGGGCUAAGCAUGGACGAGGUGAGAGAGUAUGAAAACAUGAUGCAAAAGAAGACUAACAGCAAAGUCAAACAAAACACAGGUGCUCCGACCUCCUCAGCUCCGGUUUUCUCUCGCUCCAUGUCGGUGACGGACGAACGGUCGCUGAGGAGGAUGGGACCGUCCGGCGCGUCGGGGGACUCCACCGGUCUGCAAGGUCACAUCCGGUUCAACUCCACCUCCUCUGAAUGAGGACUCGCACACAGCAUCAAACACAAAAACAUUUUUAAUGACUCGUGUCACGUACUUAAAGCACAAAUAUUAUGAUUCUUAAAUAAGGAAUAUUUCCACUGAUGCCAUCAUUGAACAAUAAUGGCACUCAGCAGAGCCCAGACCUCCAUCAAGUAGGGUUGCAAACUUUGGGUAAAUUCCAAGUCAGAAAUUUCAUAAGGGAAUUUAUGGAAAUAGCAGGAAUUUAUCAAAUAAAAGCCUGUUACUGGUGUACCCCGCCUCUCGCCCAGAGUCAGCUGAGAUAGGUGCCAGUAUGUCCGCCCGCGACCCUAGAGAGGAUAAGCGGUACUGAAAAUGGAUAGUUGGAAGCAAAAGGUUUUCUCUUAACUCAUUCGCUGUCAGCCAUUUUCAAAGCGUGUAGAGCAUUUUGACUGAUCUUUCGAGACCCACAGAAUAUUGUGUCCUGUGACAAUUUAAGCAGCGUACCAAAAGAAAGCAUAGACUCUCUUCAGCAGAAAGUUUGUUUCUUCCUUUUUCUAUUCCUUAGUAAUCAGCAGUAGAAGAUGGGUUGGUUUCAGCAAAAAACACCGGUUUCUGAUUAAAAAGCAGUGAAAAUGAGCUUUUUGUACAAAAAAUAAAUAAAUAAAAAUGUCACACAGAACAGCUACUUUGACGCUAAUAUUUUUUGUUUUCAUCACACUUCAAAAUAUAAAACAACAAAGACAAGACUACGUAAUAGCGAUAGACAACCAAGAAACGUGCUGUAAGCAACGCUGACUUCCAGCAUGCCUCAAGUGUGCUUUUUUAACAUGGCGUUCACAAUUCACUCAAUGAACUGCGUCAUCCAAAGUGAUGCAACACCACAAGCUACAGGGAUCUGUUAGUCAUUACAGUGGUUUACAAACCUGAAUUUUACCGACACGCGGCACUAGACCCUCUUCCACACGUAGCGGUUGAAAAACUAAUUUGACCAAUAUAUUCCUUGGUGGCAGUAAGCAGUUGGAUUGGACAGAAAAAAACAUGGAACUGUGGAGAGGCAGUAUAUAACAAGACGAGAACCAGUCAUGUCACUUUACUCUCCACAUACAAACUAAAUGGUUUUAACAUCAAACAGCCAACCGCUCCCUUUGAAGCCAACAACUCCCUUUCAACUUUUCAACUCCAGCCCCUCCCUUGAAGAUACACGUCCCUGGUGAAUAUCACCCUCUUGUGGCUCACCACAGUACCUUCAUUUAUGAGUGCCCCAGUGUUUUGAAGUUACGAUGAGUCACUUACUUGAUUUUUAUGUUUUGUGUUGUGAGCCAAAAUUUGAGGUGCAAUAUGUGCACAUUUUAGAUGCCCUCGCAUGUGGGCAAGAAAAGCUUUUUCUUUUUUGCAUAUAUUUCUGAAAAAAAAAUUAUAUUCAUAUUUGAAUAUGAUGUAUUUCCAUUAAAUUAUGCAAAUUUACCACUUAAUUCCCAUAAUGAGAUAAUAUCCAGAAUUUUCCACCCAGUUGCAACCCGACUACUAAGGCCUAACAAUAAAAUUUUAGAUGUACAUACAGUACCUACUUCAUGCAUACAGUAUUGCUAGAGAAAUUAAGUAAAAUGACAAAAAAGAACAUUUACACCAAAACUGCAUGGUUGCUUUUUGUCCUAAUCUCAUGUGCGGGACCUUCACCACACACAGCACAUUUUGUCCAGUUCUGACCUUGUGAAUUAAUACAUUUUCGUGUUUUAUGACGAGUCAUCAGACUUCACUGUAAGGCUCCAGCCACAUGCAAUGACCAAAACAAACAUUUUGUCACAUUCAUAUUUGGAAGGAAUCGGACAAACUCUUUAGGACUACUAGUGUGUUUGUGAAGGACCUGUUGAAAUGGCCAAAGUGAGCCUUCUGUCUCUUCUCGAGACUUUGUCUACUCGUGAUAGACAUGCCUACCAAAUGUCACAUUGCUAAGUAAAACUGGCUUUGGGGACUGUUUUCCUGGAGGUUGCUACACAGGACGAUUUUGAGUAUGUAAAAGCCCUAAAAAUGUUGAUCUAUUUAUCAAUUCCCCUUGCCUGGUGGUCACAGCUGUAAAGAAUUCUACAGACCACCAGCCGGGCUCCACCGUUGUGUCCCAGCCCCCAGCAUGCAACCUACAGACAGAUGCAUAAGGUAUUUAAUAGAGUGGCUCUAAUGAGAGCGCAGGGGGGAGAAAACGGGGGGCUGUCAAUGCUAUGGAUCUGCCUUCCUCCACAUCUCCGCCGAUAGGUCACAGCAGGUGUAUUGACGCCACGUGCUGAGGCGAUGUAUUGGCACUUGAUCUCUUAGCUGAGAGUUGCAAAGAGGUCAGGUCAGGGCUGAACUUCAAUUAUACGUCAAUAAUGUAGCCAUUCACAAGAUUAUUAGCUUAAUUUCCAACAAAAGAAGACAACAGAUUGUCUGCAAGAAAACAUUCUGUGUAUAAAUAACAGGAUAGCGUUGUAUGUACCAUACUAUUUUCUAUUAAUCAAGUGGGAAAUGUAUCAGGAAACGACAUGUAUUGUUUUGUUUUGUUUUUUUUCAAUAAAGACAAUUUAUUUCCAAUGAUUUGCUGCUGGUGUGAAAUCUGCACAGAUAGGUGAGGGGAAUGGACUUCCAGUGCACAUUAUCAAGCGUGUUUGAUCAGUAUUGACCCGCAUGGAUGGACCAU